AUGGGACCCACUGGAUUUAUCACCGGGUUUAAAUGUUCAAUAUGUGAUAUUGGCAUAAGUAAAUCAUCAAUAUCAAAUACUGAUGAUAAUGAAAUUUAUGGUAUUAUACCAUAUAUGGCGCCGGAGAUUUUACAAGGGCAACAAUAUACUAAAGCUUCAGAUGUGUACGGAUUUGGCAUGAUUAUGUGGGAAUUAUUGACAGGUAGAAGACCUUUUUGGAAUCGAAAUCAUGAUGAAUAUCUUAUUAUUGAAAUAUGUGACGGUCUUCGCCCUCCAAUUGUUACAAAUGCACCCGAAGGUUAUAAUGAACUCAUGCAAGGAUGUUGGAAUGCAAAUCCAUACAAUAGACCAACAGCUGUUGAUAUACAAUCAAGAAUUAUUAUAAAUCAAACUGCUAGACCAGUGUUGGACAUUUAUUUAAUUGGACAUAUAAACUUAUAUCCAACAUGGUCUUCUAACCUUCCAUUUCUUCUAAGGUUUUCAGAAUAUGAUUGUUGUUCCGAUAAUUUGGAUAAUCGGGAUCCCGCACAGAAAAUCACAUUUUAUGAAUCCCGUGUUGGAAAGACGGCAGAAAUUCUGAUGAAUCGUCUAGAUCUAGACAAUAUAGUUUCUGCUGCUGAAACUGUUGCUGGAGGUGUCGGUGGAUAUAAUUGUGGCUUUUCGUUUUAUCGAAAAAUUUCGAAAUUUUCUUGUAUAACAAGAAGGUAG